CCUUUAGGCCCGAGGGGCAGCAGGCCCGGGGCGCUGCGCCGCCGUUGCCGUGGACACGGCGCGGCCUGCUGGGCCCGCAGCAUGGCGGAGCCGGCGGCCGCCGCUCCCCACGUCCCGCAGAGGACAAAGCAGCGCCCGGCGGAGCACGGAGGGGCCGAGCUGGGCCGCGCUGCCGGCGCUACCCGCGGUGGGGCCGCCCCGCUCCCCCUCCCUCCGCCCCUCGGCCGUCCUCGCGUUCGCUUCAAGUGCGGCCUCUCCGGGCCCAUCCUGGACGUGCUGCGCUGCCGGCCCGGCUGGAAGCAGGCGAGGAACGAGGAGGAGUGGGAUUUCUUCUGGUGUGAUGUCAGUUGUCUUCGGGAGAUUUUUGACCACGUGUACUUGGAGGAGCACGUUCGCAUUUGCCACUUUCGAAAUCACUAUGAGCUGAGUCGGAAGAACUACUUAGUAAGGAACCUGAAGAGGUUUCGGAAGCAGUUAGAAAGAGAAGCAGGAAAGCUUGAGGCAGCAAGAUGUGACUUUUUUCCAAAGACCUUUGAAUUGCCUUCAGAGUACAAUUUGUUUGUGGAAGAAUUUCGCAAGAAGCCUGGCAGCACUUGGAUCAUGAAACCGGUUAGCAGGUCACAAGGUAAAGGGAUUUUUCUGUUCCGAAAACUGAAGGAUAUCUUCGACUGGAAAAUGGACGGUGUCCGCACGAAUGAGCAGAAGGAUGAAACACAAGUACAGACUUACAUCGUUCAGCGAUACAUUGAAAAUCCAUACUUAAUAGGAGGUCGAAAGUUUGACUUAAGAGUUUAUAUUCUAGUGACAUCUUACAGCCCACUGAAGGCCUGGUUGUACAGAGAUGGAUUUGCUCGCUUCUCUAGUAUGCGAUUCACUCUGAACAGUAUAGAUGAUCACUAUGUUCAUCUCACCAAUGUGGCAGUGCAAAGGACUGCGCCUGAUUACGAUCCUGAGAAGGGCUGCAAGUGGAUGAUUCAGCAGCUCAGACAGUACUUGACUGCCAAACAUGGAACAGGACUGAUGGAAGUUCUCUUUGCGGAUAUGGAUAACAUUUUCAUCAAGAGCCUCCAGAGUGUUCGGAAAAUGAUCAUCAGUGACAAACGCUGCUUUGAGCUUUACGGCUACGACAUCUUGAUCGAUCAGAACCUGAAACCCUGGCUUCUGGAGGUAAAUUCAUCACCUUCCCUUAUUGCCAGUAGCCAGGAAGACUAUGAACUCAAGUAUAACCUGCUUGAAGACACGCUUCAUGUUGUGGACAUGGAGGGCAGGCUGACUGGGAAGGAGAAGCGUGUUGGUGGCUUUGACCUGAUAUGGAAUGAUGGGCCAGUCAGCAGAGGAGGAAACCUGGGUGCUUUGGUGAAUGGAAACUUCGUGGCCAACACACACUUAGGCUGCUUCAACGACAGGAAGAAACAACUGAAAGAGCUUUUUGGGGAUCUUCCUGCGCAGCAGACAGCGUAAGGCUGAUCUCAAGCUUGGGUUGGGAGAUUAUUGUACAUAAAGUUCAUAGUCUCUCUUCCUCCUAUUGUGUAGUGGCAGUUCACGUUUCACUCUGUCUCAGCCCAAGGUAGCUGACCUUGUUUCUGAAGGCUUCCCUCAGCUGGGAAGUAGCGACAGGAUUGAAUGAAGUAUCUUACGGUGCCUGACAAGGUACUUGCAGGUGAUGCUGGCUGACCACCUGCAUUCUGCAUAGAGAGAGUAAAGCAGCUGAACACAUUCUGAGCAGCAAAGCGAAGCUUUUGGGGAAGGCAGACACCUAAUCCUUCUGCUGCUACUACUAUGGAAACAUGUCAGAUCAUAAAACCUGUUGCCACGAUACUGUAAAAAUAACCUUGCCAUCACACGUUAGACACAUUUCCUGGCUGUACUAUGCAGGUUAUGUAAGAGUGCAGUUAUAACACGGGUGCUUGGCACUGUACUGCCAUUCACUUCCAGAACAGAUGUAAGGUGCCUCAGAUACUAAGUUAACAUUACUUUCAGUCUGUGCAUCUCUAACUUAAGCCUGAAGUGGAGAGCAGAUGAGCUACCUGGAGAGCCAGAGCUGAUUUUAUGACCUCUGCCAAAACUAUUAUGACUUAAAUCAGUUAUCCCAUUGCUACAGGCCAAAUCCAGCCUGUUCAAGCUGCAGUUUUUGCUAAUAUGUGUCCAUUUUAUUCUUUCAUCCUGUUUUGAGAGCCUUAUUUUUCUGUAUUCUCUUGGCUCCCACCUUGACAGCAGCCUGUGUUUUCCCAUUGAGACAAACACGCUGCUGCCU